AUGGGCUCUGUGCGGACCUGGGGGGACCUGCGCUAUGGCGGCGACUCAGAGGAUGUGCAGGCGCAGCUGGUGGACGUGCGCCAGGUCUGCGCCUCCGGCAGUUCCUUCGCGGCACUCAAGGCGGACGGCUCCGUUGUGGCGUGGGGCCUGCCCUCGGGUGGGGGGGCGCUGGGCUCGACGAAGCGGCACCUGGUGGAGGUGGUGCAGCUGUGCGCCUCCAGCUGCGCCUUCGCGGCCCUCCAGGCCAGCGGGCGAGUGAUCACCUGGGGCCUGCCGUGGGGUGGAGGUGACCAGAGUGCCGUGCACGGAGAGCUGGAGGAUGUGAAGCAGCUUGCGGCGACUGCCCAUGCCUUCGCCGCCCUGCGGGGGGACGGGCGGGUGGUGUCUUGGGGCGAAGCGAAGGCGGGUGGCAACAGCUUCAAAGUCCGGGAUGAGCUGAAGGACAUCACGGAGAUUGCCUCUUCCGGUGGCGCAUUCGCAGCGAUCCGCAGGGAUGGGCGAGUCUUCGCCUGGGGCGACCCCCACUACGGUGGCGACGGCUGGGACCUGCGGCAGUUAAGCGACGGCGUGCGCGUGGGCGCCGCCUCGGCGGGAGCCUUCGCAGUGAUCCGCAGGGACGGCUCUGUUUGGAGCUGGGGCCGCGCUGACUGCGGGGGCGAUUCCAGUUCCGUCAGGGACCAGCUUGUGGACGUGCACGAGGUCUUCGCCUCCGGCAGCGCCUUCUGCGCGCUAAAAGGCGAUGGCUCGGUGGUGACCUGGGGGGACGCCUUCUAUGGGGGCGACUCCGGCCGAGUGCAGCGCCAGCUCUGCCUCGUGUCCAAGGUCUCCGCCACGGCCUGCGCCUUCGCCGCGGUGUUGCAGGACGGCUCCGUGGUGACCUGGGGCGCGGAGGACGCCGGCGGCGACUGCACGGAGGUGCAGGAGGAGCUUCGGGAUAUCACAGAGCUGGGGGCCUCCUUCCGGGCCUUUGCCGCUAUCCGAGCCGAUGGACAGGUGGUGACCUGGGGCGAUCCCGACUACGGGGGGGACGUGCAUGCGUUAGUGACGCUGGGAGAUGUGCAUCAGGGGGACCUGGCGAAAGGAGCUGAAACCUGA